UGUGUUGAGGAAUCAGGGCAAAAGGAAACAAAUCAAGUUUUUUGGGGGGGAAACAAAUCAAGUUUUUUUUUUGGGAAACAAAUCAUGUGGGCCUCUGCAGGAGGCUGCGCUCAGGAGUGUGGGCUGGGCCCUCAAGCCCACUAUGCGAGCACGGCGACGGCGUCAGGCACCUUGAAAUACCCCGCCUUGGCGCCCGAACGUAACCGUCCCAACCAACAGCCUUCUCUCCUCCCCUUCUCCCCGUCGCCGGAGUGCCCACCAUCCCCACCCCACCUUCCCCGCGCGUCACCGGCGAAAGAUGGAGCUGUUCCAGGACGGCCACCAAGUGCGGCUGCGGAGCCGCGAGCGCGGCACGUACCUGCACGCCGACGACGACGGGCUUGGCGUCUCCCUCAGCCGGAGCCGCGCGUCGAUGAACUCAGCUUGGGCGGUGCACAUCUACCAGGGAGAAGGCAAUGCCCAGUACGUGCUCCUCCACAGCGCCGCCUACGGCCGCUACCUCGGCGCCGCGGACGCGCCGGCGCCGCGAGGCCACAGCGGGCGCCGCGUCGAGCAGUGCGAUUACGAGCCGUGGGAGGAGGUGGCCAUCAGGUGGCAGGCCGUCAGGACCGGCUUGGGGGACGAUAUCCUGCUCCGCCAGGUCGCCGGCCGCCUCCGCGCCAACGGGAGGUACCUCAGCGUCGACGCCUUCAACAGCGCCGGCCCGAUGAUGCACUGGGUCGUGGAGCGCAUCCCCGCCAGGGAGGACACGCCUCGCCUUGCAGCUCCGACUGGGCUCCGCCUCCCCAGAAGCCUCUCCUUCCUGUUGCCGUGGCGGGUGAUCCAGUACGAGCAGGCCGGCGCCGACGAGCCCAACGCCAACUUCGCCUGGGCCUCACUCGUAUUCAGGGGCAGAUCCGCGUUCCACCUGAGGAAGAAGCUGGCCCGCCGGCUGGAUGCCGCCAUGGACGCCUCCAACCUCGUCAUGUGCGUCCGAGCGGGUACGCACGGGCGGCCUACCCCACUGCUCGUCGAUCUGCCCCACAGCGACGAGACCCUCGACAUCAUCGUCGUCAUGGCCGGGACGCCAGCCCACGCAGUCCUGCGCUACCCGAAUGUCAAUGCAGAGUAGAGAAAGAUAAGAGCGGGAUUCCUGACCGUCGACCGUCCACCUCUUCAGAAGUGUCGCCGUCUCGGACACUAUGACAUGAGAAUUCAGAACUGCAUUUUUCAUUGAGAUAUAGGUUUAGGAAGCGCCUCUUGUGUCUGUUAGCAUAGAUAAACUUGAUUCAUUCUCCAGACAGGAGGAACCUGUCCCUUGUGGUUCUAAAUUUCAGAACCUGUGUGAAGAAAUUAUUGACAUUCGGGUC